UUGGUUAGGAUAAAAUCGAUGUUAGUCGUUAGUGAGUAGUUUCGUUGGAGUCAUGGCAGAAGUACGGCUUUAUGAUUCAACAAUUUGUCGAUUAUGUGCAGAAGAUAAUGGUAAUGGAGAACUACUCUACAUGGGAGAUAGUGAUGAUCCAGAUUUAAGUUCCAUGGUCAAUCGGUAUUUGCCGCUCAAGAUUCGAGAUGAUGGCAAACUACCACGUACUAUUUGCCCUGGUUGUAAUAUUCAACUGGAAGCUACAAUACAGUUCUUUGAAUUAUUGGUUGAUGGUCAAAGGAAAAUUCGUGAGAUGUGGAAGCAUCAGAUAGAACAACAACGUAAAGCUGACCGAGAACGUCUUCGUGCUGUGAAGGAAAAUGCAGAAGUUAGAACAGAAACAUCAGAUUUAGAUAACAUUUCACAAUACAACGAAGAAGACCAGUUUGAACAACAAAUUAUAAUAAAAAUAAUGCCAGAUGGUUCUAUGUAUGCUGCGGAACAUGAAAUGAGUUUACAAAUGGAAGGAUUAAAUAAACCUAAGCGAAAAAGGGGACGUCCACCAAAAUCACACACAGAAAACAUGUCUAUGGAAUUAACAAAAGGAGAAGUAUUAGAAAGUGUUAGUCAAGAAGAAGAAGAUAAGCACGAAGAUGAAACUGAUGAUGUGGAUGGAGAUGGCAGACGUCGCAGAAAGCGUAAAGUUCCCAAAAGAUAUAUGGAAGCAGUUCAAGGCAAAGAACUAGAGAGAAUAUAUAAGGAAGAAGGAGUAAUUGAUGAGGAAGAUGAUGAUGAACCUGAUAAUUUUGAAGAUGCUGAAGAGCAGUUAAAUAUGUCCGUUCCUGAUAGUCAAGAAGGGUCCAGAAACAAUUACAAUUAUUGUCUUCUUUGUUUACAAGUAAAAGUAUUCAGUGAAAGGCCUAACAAACUAGUAAGAAGUACAAAGAGCUUUCACAAAGGAACAAAAUACGAAUGUUCAGAAUGUAAAAAAUUAUUUACAAAUAAAGAAAAUUUGAAAUUGCAUCAGAAAACAACUCAUCAUACUGAAGAUGGUACUAAUCAGAAUUUCGAACAUAUUGUCCAAGAUUCAAACCUCGAACCAAAAUGUCAUUUAUCCGGAGAAGAUAUUUCUAAUGUACUUGAUCACACCUUGACUGAAGAUCAAAGUACAAAUAAAUUUUCAAACAAUUGUGAUGAUUCUCAGAAAAAUUAUUCAUGCAAACAAUGUGAUAAGUUAUUUGAAACAAAGGAAACUUACGAUUUGCAUUUGAAAAUGGUUCAUGAGUUUGACAAAUUAUUUAUUUGCUCUAUUUGUAAUAAAAAUUUUUCCCAACAAACAGCUUUAAAAAAUCAUAUGUCAAUACACGAGAAAAAUAAGUUAGAAAAAGAAUAUCCUUGUGAUAUUUGUGGAAAAGUACUCAAUCAUCCUAGUUCUGUAGUAUAUCAUAAAGAAGCAGAACAUAAUAAUGGUCGCCGAUUUGUUUGCAAUAAAUGUGGAAAAAGUUUUAAACAUAAGCAACUAUUACAACGUCAUCAACUUGUGCACUCUGAUGAUCGACCUUAUAUUUGUAAAUCCUGCAAUGCCAGUUUCAAAACAAAAGCAAAUUUAAUUAAUCAUCAAUCUACACAUACUGGAGAAAAAAAAUAUUUUUGUGAAAUUUGUGGACAGCAAUUUGCACAUAAAACUAGCCUUACACUGCAUUACAGGUGGCACACAGGUCAUAAACCAUAUACGUGUGAGGUAUGUCAUAAAAGUUUUUCACAAAAUGGAAAUCUACAAGAACAUAUGCGAAUACAUACCGGAGAAAAACCUUAUUGCUGUGAUUAUUGUGGCAGAAAGUUUACUACUUCUUCACAGUUUAAACUUCAUGUCAAACGGCAUACUGGCGAGCGUCCUUGGAAAUGUGAAUUUUGUGCAAAAUGUUUUUUGCAUAAAGAUACUUGGAAAUGUCAUGUGCGUAGGCAUAAAGGGGAACGUCCUUUUCAAUGUGCUCAUUGCAAUCGCGGAUUUACAGAACAGUGGGCUUUAAAAAAACAUCUUCGUCUGCAUACUGGUGAAAAACCUUAUUCGUGCGAUGUUUGUGGAAAAGCAUUUGCAGAUUGCUCAAAUUUAACAAAGCAUAAAAAAGUACACAGGGAAGCUAAAGUUUCUGCAAUAAGUGAAAUAGAAGGAUCUCCAAUUGGAGAAGUUUGGCAAAUUUUACCAAGUUCUCAAGAAACUGAUGAACAUUCAUUAACAGAUCAAAUGACUCAAGUUAUUGCAACAGAUGACACAUCUGGAGAUGCUAUUCAGCAAAUCAUUUAUGUUUCCUACCAAGAUCCAGAUGAUCCUAAUCAAUCUCGAACUUUGCACUUCGUUGAUGCUGGAAUGAUAAGAAAUAAAGAAGAGAAAACAAAUGUAAAUCAAUCAUUAUCACAUUUAAAUGUUGAAAAUGACGGAAUGCUUUCUAAUCAAGCCCAUGCUAGUGCAAGUAAUAAUUCCAAUGAACGAAUAAAUGUUGAACUUUCAGAAUCAGAUCUUCAACUUCAGAUUACGGAUGAAGAGGGUAAUCCAAUUCCUCUUUCAAUUCAAGACGCCCGACAACUUUUAUCUCAAAGUCAAUUUGUUAAUCAACUUAGUGAUGGUCAAGAAAUUAGAGUUCACCCUGGAGUAAUUCCAGAUGAAUUAACAGCACCAUUAAGUGUACAUGUUAAUCAAAAUUCUGAUAUAAAAGGUAUUGACAUUUCCAAUACAGUGGAAACAAAAGUGAAAAAUAUUUCAACUGUACAAACAGAUGCAGAAGCAAUCGUGAAGGCAUUGGAGGAUGAAGAUACAGAUGCAAAUGCUGUCGCUACGAUUAAUCAAAUGGAAGAAUCGGAGCAAUCGGGAAUUGCAGAAAACGAACAAGCAAUAGAAUUUACAACACAAGAUGGCCAGAAAGUUCGUUUAGUUACUUCUUAUCAUGUUGAUCCAAUGCAACUUGCAUCCGAGUACCUGACUAUUGUAUAA